UAUUUGUAAUUAUCGUGGAUAAAAAACGAAAUAAUAGCAGAAACAAAAACAGAUAGUAUGUUUCAAUAUGAUUGACAUCUUUUAUGUAAAUUUUUUUUACGUAACUCCUGCGGAAUCUAUGUCUCGCACGACUGCAGUACUUAAGCCCGAGCUAGACUAAACGACGAUUAGGAAGAUUCGAUCAGUGCGCAUCCCGAUGUGGAUGCGUUAACAUCUAUAUAAGAGUGACUGUAAAAUUCAGAUUUUUCACAAACACGAUAAUGAUGCAACAUUAUGUUUUGUCCUAUCAUCGUUCGGCGCUGUUAUUAUUCUUUUGCUACGCCGUAUUAUCUAUCACGAUUGCGCAAUAUUGCAUGGAAAAAGAGCUCAAUCUGAUUUGCGAUAAAAAGCAACCUGUGCUUCAUUUGGAAUUGGUUCAAGUGGUAAUGAGACAUGGAGAACGGACGCCGUUACAUAAAGAAACGUAUCCCAAAGAUCCAUAUAAUGAAUCAACUUAUGAACCAUGGGGUAUCGGCCAAUUAACCAAUCAAGGAAAGUUAACGGAAUAUCGAAUCGGCACAAUGUUGAGACAACGUUACAACCAUUUUUUGGAAUCGAUUUAUCACCCGCGUGAUAUCUAUGCUGUCAGCUCGGAUACCGAUCGCACAAAAAUGUCUCUCCAAUUAAUGUUAGCAGGAUUAUAUCCUCCGGAUACAAUACAAAUGUGGAAUCCAGAUUUACCGUGGCUCGCCAUUCCUACACAUUAUGUGCCUAAAAGAGUGGACAUGCUAUUAAAGCCUGAAGGUUGUUCAAUAUACCAGACAGCUUUAACAGAGGUAAAAAAGAUGAAAGAAGUACGCGAUAAAAUCGCUGUUUAUAAGGACUUCUUCAAAUUUUUAAGCGAGAAAACGGGAUUAAUGAUCGAGGAACCACUGCUCGUUUACGAAAUUCACAAUCUGCUAACAGCGCAGAAAACUAUGAAUUUAACGUUACCAGAAUGGUGUACCGAUGAAGUGUACCGGAAGAUGCAGGAUCUAAUGGUGCUAGAGUACGAAAUCCGUUCAUAUACAACCAAGUUAAAACGAUUGAACGGCGGUAUGUUGAUCAAAAAGUUCAUCGACAAUAUGAACGCGAAGAGCGAAGAUACGAUUCCGCGCAAAAUGUACGUGUACAGCGGCCACGAAGUGAAUCUUGCGGCAUUCGCUAGAGCACAUAAUAUCAGCGAGCCGAGAAUACCUGGUUAUGGAUCAAUGUUUAUAUUCGAAAAGUUGCGGGACGAGGAAAACAAUUUUUACAUCAGAAUUAUUCUGUGGACCGGUUCUACGGAAAAAUUGAUGACUAUCAAGCUGGCAGGCUGCGACGAAAUAUGCCCUUUGAAAAUAUAUUUGGAGCUUGUUCGUGAAAUAAUACCUUUAGACGUGGAGGUAACUUGUUUGUGGGACAAUAUAACCAGAGAAGAAAUGCUGGAACUCUUUGCAGAAAAAUUAUAUCAAAAUUGAUAAAACUUUAUGUAUAAGUAUUAUAUACCCAGAUAGCCAAGUCUGUUCGAACAGAUUUUGCCAAACGUCUGCUACAAAUUUUUGUCAGCAGAAAGAUUCCAGAUUGUAUACAAAGUCUGUUAUAUCAAAUAAUAAUAGCAGAAUGUCAGCAGAAAUGUUACAAAACGUGCUGACAUAAUUUGACAGCAGAUCAGUAGCAGAAACCGAGCAGGAUUUGCAUAGAAUUAUUAUAGCAGAUAGCCAGCAAAAACCGAGCAGGAUCUGCACAACGCAAUUUGAUGUCAAAUUGAUAGCAGAAAUCAAGCAGGAUCUGCGCGCCCGCAAUCUGACGGCAGAUUGGUAGCAGAAAUCGAGCAGGAUCUGCUAACAUGACUUGACAUCAGAUUGUCGGCAGAAAUCGAGCAAGAUCUGCGUGCGCGCAAUCUGAUGGUAAAUUGGCAGUAGAAAUCAAACAGAAUCUGCAGCUUUUAGCAUUCAUAUAAUUUAUUGAAAUAGUAUAGUUUAUUCGCUUACAGCUAUGCGGCGCACUAUUCACUUUCCAUACCCGUAUUUAAGUUCUUGUCACGAGCGUAUAUAAUGCCUGCAAAAUGCGGCUAAUAACAUCGUAAUUAUUUCUAUCAGUUUAAUUUCUGAUACGGCUCCCAUACCGGGAAUUCAGAUAUUGAACUGAUUUUUAGAAAAUCAGACAGAUAAAUGUCCGAUUUU